GGCGUUGGGGUAAAAGCAUUGCUUAGUGGUUCAGGGUCACUCAGGACCAUGCAGGUUAGAUGUUCACGAUAACGGAGAGAAAAAGAAAGCGGGUCCGAUUUAGACCAUUUUGUGGAAGAACGGCUCAGGUGGCUCAAGGGAAAGGAUGCGCCAGUUCUAAAGGCCCGCCGGCCCGCCCUUCGGGGGCGGGGUCUCCGAUAAGCCAAUCCGCUCUUCUCUUUCGGGGAUAGACCCCGCCUCUUUCUCUUGGGGGAAGGUUCGUUUACGUGUCUAUUGAUCUUUCCGACUCCACGAAACCAAAGCUUUGCCUACAUCCGGGAGGGGCGUGGACUCACGCCCGGGAAGUCGAAGGUUUUCCAUAAUUAAACGCUUCUCAUUGGUUUCCCCUCUCACGCUGAGGCGGAGCCUACCCCUUUCGCGCUCCCUUUACGGUUGUGUAACUCUCUGGGGAAUCGUUGCCUAAGCUGCUGGGAGGCUGUGGGGGCGUGGCCUCAGAACGAGAGUCCCUAUUGGCUUCGCUGCUCGCGGGAGGGUGGGAUGGUGCAGCCGCUCUUGUUGCUCAUUGGCCCAGUAAUUCCAUGGGGUGGGACUUGGAUGGGCCUAAAUUCGAUCCGCGGUCCAGGACCGGUUUCUGGGCAAAGCUACCAUGCGUUCCGGGGGCCGCGGGCGGCCCCGGCUACGGCUCGGGGGACGCGGCCUCUUGCAGCCACCCUCCCCGCCCAAUCGCCGGCUGAGGAGCUGCCCCCCGGCCGGGAGCUGCGGGGCCCAUUGAUCGCGAGCCUCCCCGAAGCCCGAAUGCGGAAGGUGGUGGGGCAACUGGACCCCCAGCGUCUCUGGAACACUUACCUGCGCCCCCUGCUGGUUGUGCGAACGCCGGGCAGCCCGGGCAGCCUCCAAGUCAGAAAGUUCCUGGAGGCCACUUUGCGGACCCUGACGGCAGGCUGGCACGUGGAGCUGGACCCCUUCACAGCCUCAACGCCCCUGGGACCACUGGACUUUGCCAAUGUGGUGGCCACACUGGACCCAGGGGCUGCCCGUCACCUCACCCUUGCCUGCCAUUAUGACUCGAAGCUCUUCCCAUCUGAGUCAGCCCCAUUUGUGGGGGCCACGGAUUCAGCUGUGCCUUGUGCCCUGCUACUGGAGCUGGCCCAGGCCCUGGACCAGGAACUGAGUAGAACCAAGGAUCAGGCAGCCCCAGUGACCCUGCAGCUGCUCUUCUUGGACGGCGAAGAGGCGCUGAAGGAGUGGGGACCCAAGGACUCCCUCUAUGGCUCCCGGCACCUGGCCCAGCUCAUGGAGUCUGCACCCCACAGUCCUGGCCCCACCAGGAUCCAGGCUAUUGAGCUCUUUAUGCUUCUUGAUCUCCUGGGAGCCCCCCACCCAACCUUCUACAGCCACUUCCCCCGCACAGCCCGCUGGUUCCAUCGGCUGAAGAGCAUCGAGAAGCGCCUGCACCGUUUGAACCUGCUACAGGCUCACCCACAGGAAGUGAUGUACUUCCAGCCCGGGGAGCCCCCUGGCUCUGUGGAAGACGACCACAUCCCCUUCCUCCGCAGAGGGGUCCCGGUGCUCCACCUCAUCUCCACGCCCUUCCCCUCUGUCUGGCACACGGCUGACGACUCUGAGGCCAAUCUGCACCCCCCUACGGUGCACAACCUGAGCCGCAUCCUCGCCGUGUUCCUGGCCGAAUACUUGGGGCUCUAGCCUGCCGGGCUGGCUCUGAAGGAGAGAGACCCAGCAGGGAGUGUGGCAGGGGCACCGGGAGCCAGCGAGCUCAGGCCGGGCCCACCUCGGCCGUGCUGGCUCGUCCUGUUUAAUGCCUUUGGCUCUGCUUGUGCCGUUACUGAAGACCGUCUCUCCUUUGAGUGUCUCGAGCUGCCACUCUUCAAAGACAUGGAAGAGACCGUGGUGGGGUGAGAGCCGAAGGAAUAAGAGCUUGGGCCCUGCUCUGAGGGAGCCAUUGGGCUGAAAAAGUUCGCAAGGGCAACUGCUAUUCUUGGUUUUAAUCAGCAAACCGUGGACUGGCAUAUGAACCCGCAACACCACCCAACCCAGUGAAUUCUCUGUGGCUGUUGUUUUGGGGGCACUUCCUUCUCCAGAGUGUCAGCCUUGCUACUGCACCGUCCAAACCCAGCUCCCACGUGGAUGUGCCAUGUGGGGCCCACAGAGGAUGUGCUCCUAAGCGGGAGCAGGAGAUGGAAGCCAAUACGUGAGAACUCCAGAUUCUGCAGACCCAACAGGCAAUAAUCUAGUGUUUCUGCAAAACAUAUUCUGCAGAACUUUAAAGGUGUUGCAUGAAAGAAGGGAUCAAGGAAGAAGGGUGAGACAGUAAAUGAGUUCAUUGCACAAUGUGAAUUUUCAACGG